AUGCUUGAGGAAGACCUUGAGGCCAUACGGCGUAUGAAAGCCGAUUUUGAGGCGAUCGGCGAAUUGACCGACAACGAGUUCAGGUCCGACACAACUAUCAGUAAGCGUAUGAAUCACUACAGCACUGUAUACAAUGCUGCCACGAGGAUUACAGGUUAUGAUGACCCCCGUGACCCGAUGGGUUCAGGUGCGGAGGAGCUCCUGUACGUAGACUUUCAGGAGAUGCUUACCCGUUACUUAUUAAAACACUCCAACUUAUCCGCCCCCUCAGAAAUGGAGUUAUUCGCCAGGAUCCUAAAGGUGUGGGAGCGCUACAAAGUAAUGAUGAAGUGGAACGUGAAUGCUUUCGCGUAUCUCUCAAGGUUUUAUAUCGUCAACUUCUCUAAGCCUCCCCUUCGGCAGGUUGCUUUGAGGAUAUUUCAUGAGCAAGUAUUGAAGAAGUAUGUGCCAACGGUAGUUCGGGUGACCCAUGAACUGCUUACUGCUGAACGAAAAGGCGAGGGUGUAAACCGUGAGGACGUUCGUGAGGCUAUAGAAUUGCUUUCUUCAGUAACCGUUGAGCAACGCCAGGAAAUAUACAAUGAACAGUUUUUGAAGCAGUACCUAGAACUGACAAAGGACUACUAUGUUGCGCUAGUGGCGGAGUGGGGCGAAUCAAGCUCCCACACGGAACUCCUGCGGCAAAUUGAAGGAGCAUACAACGACGAAGAUGUGAGAUGUUCCUAUUAUUUCCCCCCGGAGGAUAAGCGUGCCGUUAUGGUUCAGGUGGAGGAGGUAUUGUUGGAUUCUAGCGUUGUGCUGGACAAAUUACUGAAGUCAAAAGACGGUUUCAUCGCCAAGCUAAAGAGCCGUGAGAAGAACCUUCUCAAACUCUACUACAAUUUGUUGUCUAGACGUCAAAAGGCACUUGCGUGUCUAGCAGACUUGACGAGGGAUGGGAUAACCGCCGAAGGCAGCGAGAAACUUAGACAAUAUGAUAAUAAGGAGAGAGAUAUCGACUUCAAAUCGUGCGUUGUAGACAUAAUGAAACUUCAGGAUGAGUUCCUGACGUUGUCAUCAGAAUGUUUUGACGGUGACACAGCAAUGCUAAAGGCUGUGAAGGAGGGCAUAGAGCGGGUGUACGCUGAUGGUGUUCGCCUAACGGAGACAGUGAAGCGUUUUGUGCCUAUGAGCGAGCUACUGGCGCACUAUGCUGACUCCAUUAUUCAAGGAAGCGGGUGCUCCUCUUCACAGGAGGAGGAGUUGGAUAGGGUUAUUGCUGCCCUUUCGUAUGUGACCGACCGUGACACUUUCCUUGCACAUUCACGUGAUUUGCUCGCCCAGAGGAUAUUGUCCCCGAAAAAGAAGUUUGAUGACAAUAUUGAGCGCUCAUUUGCGCAUCGGAUUAGUCAUUGCUGUGGUGUGUCUAGCACGUGCUAUCUUGAGGGAAUGCUUCACGACGUGGACGUUGCUGAGGGAUUUAGGGCUGCAGAUAAGCUUGAGGCGAUGGGCGUGAAGCUUCCCUUCGCCUUCGAUGCGUUGGUGCUCAAGAAAGGGAUUUGGCCACCACGGAUCCACAGUGAAAAUUUCACACCUCCCCCUAUCAUUUCCGAGGCUUUACAUUCCUUCGAGGCGGCCUACCUUCAAGGCACUAGGGGGCGUGUGCUCACCUGGUCCUAUUCUAACAGCAGUGGAGAUGUACAUGCUGCGUUCAAGAAGGGUCCAAAGACGCUGGUUAUGCCCGGCUUGCAGUGUUGGGUGCUUUUAGCAUUUAACGGCGCCAACCAACUAACGGUCGACGAUGUGGUAGGGCGCUUUGGAAUGACAUUCGACGAUGCGAAGCCUGUGCUACUCUCCUUGGUGAAGGCAUCCAUCCUGAUUAGGGAGUCGAACUUUCCAACUGUUUCCUUGCAUGACAUAUUCAUCGUGAACGAUAAUUUUACUAGUAAACUAAAGAAGAUGAAGAUAGCAAUGGGGAGGGACCAAAAUAUUGUUGCUGCCCAGAGUGAAGAGGUUGCACGGGAGGUCGAGGAGGACAGGAAGCCCGCUAUAGACGCCUGCUUGGUUCGCAUUAUGAAGAGCCGUCGCGUCCUUGAGCAUUCGAUGCUCGUGGAGGAAUGUAAGGAAAGACUGCUUCCAACGUUUUCCGCCGAUCCUAAGUUGGUUAAGCAACGAAUAGAGGAACUAAUUCGUAAGGAGUUUAUCGAACGUGAUGCGAACACACCCGGGUUGUACAGGUAUGCCGCCUGA